AUCUGUCUCAUCUAGCUGUGAUUCAACUUUGGAAAACUAAACAGCGACAUGGAAUCGGAGAAAGAAGUGCAAUCAAUAGGAGAUGUCCCUGACCCAGAGGAGGAAGAGAAGAGGCUGGCGGCAGCAGCCCGGGAAGCCAACCAUCUAACUGAGUUGAGGCUGGUGCUGUUGGGCUGGAGGUGGCCUGGGAAGAGCCUGACAGGCAAUACCAUACUGGGCCACGAGGAGUUCCGCCUGGAGCGGGCGGCUGAAUUCUGUGUCAAGCGUCAGACUGAGGUGGAGGGGCGCCAGGUGACGGUAAUAGACACGCCGGGCUGGUUCUCGACCCAGUCCACGCCACCAGUCUACCAGCAGGAGAUGGUGCGGGGCGCCUCCAUGUGCGGGCCCCUGGGCCCCCACGCUUUCUUGCUGGUCAUCCCUGUGGGCAUGUUUACCGAGGUGGACCGGGCCCGCAUCGAGGAGCACUUGGCUCUGUUCGGGGAGCGUGUGUGGAGGCAUACCAUCGUGGUGUUCACCUGGGCAGAUGUGCUGAGGAACAUGUCCAUCGAGAGGCACAUCAAGCGAGAGGGGAAGGAUCUGCAGUGGGUGCUGGAAAAGUGCAAGAUGCGGUACUUUGUCAUCAGCAACUACAUAUUUGGGGAGCACCCCCAGCUGCGGCAGCUUAUGGAGAAGAUAGAGAAGGUGGUGGCGGAGGAGGGCAUCUAUAACCCAGAGGAUGUGGAGGAGAAGAAACCCCUGGGCCAGAAUCAGAACCAAACCCAGAACCGGGAGCUUGGAGCAAGGCCCAAAGUGAAUUCUGCCGUAGGAUUGGCCAAAAUGGACAUGGACCCGCCCCACAAUUCAGUGGAUGGACUGACUGACUGAAGGAGAGCUGGUGAGCCACCGCAGUACUGAUUUCAGAGCUCUAUGUCCAUACGUUACCCCAACCUCAGGGCCUGUAUUCAUAAAGCGUCUCAGAGUAGGAAUGUUGAUCUACGAUCAGUUCCCCUUUUAGAUCAUAAUGAAUGAGACUGGGGGGGGGGGGGGGGGACUUGAUCCUAGAUCAGUACUCCUACUCUGAGAUGCUUUAUGAAUACAGGCCCAGAUUCUUUUAAACCUUUAAGACUUAAUCUAUCUACCUUUUUAUAUAAAUAAUAGUUAUCUGUAACUGGAUGUAGGUUAACAUGAUCAGGGGUCACGUUAAUGCGGAAUUCUGCGUUUUAUCACACCACAGGGGGGGGGGGGGGGGAGAUAAAACCCAUAAAUAUCUUGCUGCAUUUUGUAAACAUAGAUCUAAAAUACUUCUUGUAAUUGCUGCUCGGCAUCAGGCUUCUUUUUUUUUGUUGCUUCAGUUGCAAUUCUACACUCCAAUGAGAAUUCACGAACGGGCAUUCUAUCAGAAGACAGCGCUCUGACUGAUGUGUAGCUACUUUUCUUCAGUACAUUUUAUCGGUGUAGCCUGCUUUUCUCUGGUAAAACCUAAGUAAAUUAUGUGGCUGCCGGCCAAAUAGCGUUUCACUUCUGUUGUCAUCUGAUGAUAAUGAAGCUAUUUUCUGCUGAAUGUGUUGACCUAAUAUAUUUUAUGUGAAGGAAAACUAUAGUUGCAUGUCCCUGAUCACUCUAUUGAAGCAACAAAAGAAAACUUUUAAUAUAAAAUGGUUAGAAACCUUGAUUUUAUGAUGGUCUGCGUUUUGAAAAUGUAGGUUUCUGAACUCUAGCGAGAUCCCUGAUGAUGCUGUUCAUGCUUUUUGAGACUGUUAGGUGUACCUCGUACCUAUGACAGUUCUGAUGCAAUGUAUAUAUUUGGGGAUUUUAUUGUAUCUGAUUUGCACAUGAAGUAAGAAGCAAAUCACAUUACAGUACCAGUCAAAAGUUUGGACACCAACUCAUUCUAGGAUUUUCCUUUAUUUUUACUGUUUUCUACAUUGUAGAAUAAUAGUGAAGACGUCAAAACUAAACUAUGAAAUAACACAUGGAAUAAUGUAGUAACCAAAAAAGUGUUAAACAAAUGAAAAUAUAUUUGAGAUUCUUCAUAGUAGCCACCCUUUGCCUUGACAGCUCUGCACACUCUUGGCAUUCUCUCAACCAGCUGCAUGAGCUAGUCACCUGGAAUGAAUUUCAAUUAACAGGUGUUCCUUGUGUAAAGUUAAUUUGUGGAAUUUCUUUCCUCAAUGCGUUUGAGCCAAUCAGUUGUGUUGUGACAAGGUAGGGGUGGUAUACAGAAGAUAGCCCUAUUUGUUAAAAGACCAAGUCCAUAUUAUGGCAAGAACAGCUCAAAUAAGCAAAGAGAAACAACAGUCCAUCAUUACUUUAAGACAUGAAGGUCAGUCAUUCUGGAAAAUUUCAAGAACAUUGAAAAGUUUCUUCAAGUGCAUUCGCAAAAACCAUCAAGUGCUAUGAUGAAACUGGCUCUCAUGAGGACCGCAGGAAAGGAAGUACCAGAGUUACCUCUGCUGCAGAGGAUAAGUUCAUUAGGAUAGGAUAAGGUUCCCACAGUGAGGCAUGGAGGUGUGAUGGUGUGGGGAUGCUUUCUGGUGACACUGCCAGUGAUUUAUUUAGAAUUCAAGACACACUUAACCAGCAUGGAUACCAUGCUGCAAUACACCAUCCCAUCUGGUUCGUGUUUAGUGGGACUAUCAUUUGUUUUUCAACAGGACAAUGACCCAAAACACAUCUCCAGACUGUGUAAGGGCUAUUUGACCAAGAAGGAGAGGUUGAAAGAAUGCAAGAGUUUGCAAAGCUGUCAUCAAGGCAAAAGGUGGCUACUUUGAAGAAUCUAAAAUAUAAAGUAUAUUUUGAUUUUUUUAACACUUUUUUUUGGUUACUACAUGAUUCCAUAUGUGUUAUUUCAUAGUUUUGAUGUCUUCACUAUUAUUCUACGAUGUAGAACAUAGUAAAAAAUAAAGAUAUACAAGGUUGAAAUAAAAGAUUGUACAAGAUUGAAAAAAGCAUGACUUUAGAGGUCAAAUGUGUACCAAUAUAGGCCCUGUAUAUCUACCGUUUUCUUCAUGAAGUGAGGAUCAUGGGAAAACUACUGUACAUGACAAGUCUCUGAGGCUGGGACAGAGACAAGGAAGUCCCUUAACCUAAUGUGUACAGCACAUGCUAGAUUGCGCUAUUAUGUUUUUUACAUUUUUAAUAAAUGUUAAUGUUAAGGAAAAGUUUGUUAAAAGCUACCCCAAUUUGUGACCAAAAAGUGUAUAGUAUUUUUAUCAAGCACUUGAAGUGCAGGUACUGUUUUACUCUACUAGUAGAGAAUAUAUACAUAUUCUUGUCUGGGUUUUGUAUAUGGGUGUGAAAUGAUAAAUGUGCAUUUUUAUUUAUCAGGCUCAUGUAUCAAACCCUACCUUCUUUGCAAGGGAAUAGCUGCUGAAAUAGUUUUUAAAUGCAAGUUGGAUAAUGAUAAAUCAAUGGCACAAUGCAUUUUAAUAUUAUAAUUUUGUGGCAGCUAUAUGCUUCCAUAACCCUCUGAGUGCGGUCUCUUAAUUAUUCAGAUUAGUAAUUGUAUGUUUAAUUCCUAACUAAUCUGUUGCAGUAUUGCAAUGUGGUCCAUUAUGAUGGUAUUGAAUAGGUUUCUUGUUUUGAAAAUGGCUUAUUUCUGUGGGUUGGGUUUAUUUUAAUCCUGACCAUAUGCCUACAGCUGGCAGCACCCAAAUAAUCAUCCAUUUGGAGCACAGCUGCAUGUGACCCCAUCAUAAUGCCAAUCCUCAAUUUGGUAUGACAUUUUAUAUUCCUAAAGGGCUAGUUAGGGAUCAUCAGUAAAUCACACAAUGUACAUGGGACAAUAUUUAAUGGCUUUAAACUUCAAUGAACUUCAAUGACCUCAAACCAAAUAUAAAUGAUAGAAAUGCAUAUACAACUAUUGAAUGCAUUUCAGACCACUAAAAGAUGUGCAACAUGAAAAUAUUGUCCCAUUUACAUAGUCAUUUAUUGUAUGGUCCCUAACUAUCCCCCAGAGUUAGGCUAUCCAAAGUCAAACCAAUUUUGCCACCGUCGCACACCAACCCGGCUGAAGCUACAGUAAUUGGUGAAAUAAUUUGUCUAACUCAUCACACCUGCAAACACACGAGACACCCACAUCAAGCAACACCCGAAACCAACUCAGGUUUGAAUUUAGUCAUGGCUGCUAAGCAUUUCUUUAAAUGAACCAAAUCUAAAUUGAAGCCAAAUCAAGAAGUGCAGUUAUCCUUUAGUACUGUGAAUAAAGGUGGAAAAGAUG